AUGUUGUCAGAUUGUCAUGGGAUUACCGAGCUGCCUCCUGAAAUCGAAAACCUCAUCCACCUACAUCAUUUGGAUAUUUCUGGAACCAAAUUAGAAGGGAUGCCAACAGGAAUCAAUAAACUAAAAGAUCUUCGAAGAUUGACUGCUUUUGUUGUUGGCAAGCAUAGUGGUGCAAGAAUUACAGAGUUACAAGAUCUGUCCCACCUGCGGGCAGCACUCUCCAUUUUUAACUUGCAAAAUGUGGUGAAUGCUACGGAUGCUUUAAAAGCUAAUUUGAAGAAAAAGGAAGACCUUGAUGACUUGGUGUUUGCGUGGGAUCCAAAUGUGAUUGAUAGUGAUUUGGAGAAUCAAACCAGAGUUCUCGAAAAUCUUCAGCCUCAUACCAAGGUGAAAAGGCUCAACAUUCAACACUACUAUGGCACAAAAUUUCCAAAAUGGCUAGGAGAUCCUUCAUUCACGAAUUUAGUUUUCUUACAACUUGAAGAUUGUAAAAGUUGCUCGUCCUUGCCACCACUUGGGCAGUUACAAUCUCUCAAGGAUCUCCAGAUUGCAAAGAUGGAUGGAGUACAAAACAUUGGUGCAGAUUUCUAUGGGAAUAAUGAUUGUGACUCAUCUUCAAUGAAGCCGUUUGGAUCCCUAGAGAUUCUGAGGUUUGAAGAGAUGUUAGAGUGGGAGGAAUGGGUUUGUCGUGGAGUUGAAUUCCCUUGUUUGAAGGAGCUUUAUAUCAAGAAAUGUCCAAAGCUGAAAAAGGAUUUACCCGAACACCUUCCUAAAUUAACAGAACUUGAGAUUAGUGAAUGCGAGCAGCUGGUGUGUUGUCUUCCAAUGGCUCCCUCCAUUCGUCAAUUGAAGUUGCAGAAAUGUGAUGAUGUGGUGGUUAGGAGUGCGGGCAGUCUCACCUCAUUGGCUUACUUGACUAUACGCAAUGUUUGCAAAAUACCAGAUGAAUUAGGACAACUGAAUUCUCUUGUACAGUUGUGUGUGUAUAGUUGUCCCAAGCUAAAGGAAAUUCCACCCAUUCUUCACAGCCUUACCUCUCUUGAAAAAUUGAACAUCGAGCACUGUAAGAGUCUCGCAUCUAUUCCGGAGAUGGCGCUGCCACCCAUGCUUGAAAGCCUUGAAAUCAGAGGUUGUCCCACUCCGGAGUCCCUACCAGAGGGAAUGAUGCAAAAUAAUACUACUCUCCAACACUUGGUAAUCAGUUGUUGUGAUUCUCUGAGGUCCUUGCCCAGGGACAUUGAUUCAUUGAAGACACUUUCAAUCGAGGUGUAA